GGAAAACCGUCGUCGUGAUGGCGUCGACGUCGGCGUACCAAAUCUCCCUCGAACCCGACCGAGACACACCCGGCGUGCUCCUACACUCGACCGAGUCGUCGCCCUUUCUCAAUUACGACACUCUUCUCGACCAUGCGUCGCCGUCAUCGUCGUCUGAGCUCGAGUCGCUGCGCACUGUGGACCUGACGUCGCCCUCAGCUCUUCACCAUGACCUCUAUGCUGCAUUUGAUUCCAACUCGUCGUCACCUGGCAUCAUGUUCGACGUGCCUCCUCCAGACCCCGAUUCCGUUUCGCCAACGGACGAUGUGCCAGUGGCCAUCUUGAGCUCUGCAGCAAUUCCAAACACGGACAGUCUUGGCGAGGACCAUCAAGCCCCUGUGUCCCAAAGCCCAACGGCUGUGGAAAUGUCUACGACUCACGCUUCCAAGCACCUGUCGACGGACACAACAGGCGACCGUAGAUUGGAUCCAUUGCAGCCGUUCGUUUCGUUUCAUGGGCAUCGGAUCUCUCCAAGUGAUGGGCGUGAAUAUUUCGCCCUCGACCCGGACGAUGGCCACCAUGACGGAGCUGCUUUCAAGGGCGACAUGGCCCUUGGCAGUCACCACCCCAACAAGCAAGCGCAAGAUCUCUUGACGCGUCUGUGCUGCGCGUUGCAAGUGCACUACAACGGAUCAAUUUGCAAUACCUCGUCCGAUUCGAGCCACUCGUUUGUCAGCGUCGAAUGGACGGUGGUCGACGCGGUGCACGGCUCGUGGCGCGAUGCACACCUUUACAACGUCACGUUUCAAUUGGCAAACGAGAGCCACGACAUCCACACGAUUUUUGAUGACGUGGCGGUCGACAGGUUUCUGUCGAGUCCAGUUGUACAUGUUGUAUCUCUGCCGCCUCCGCGCAGUCUCGACCUGGCUUCGCCGGUCGAAUGGUGGUUCCGUCUAGGGCUUACGGGUGUAGCGGCGCACGACGAAGGUUUCUUUGCAGAUUGGAUGGCUGUGCCGAUGGCGUCACCAUUGCCACCUCACCGUCUCGACUUUCACACAACUGCUACCCCCUCAACAGUGAGUUUUCACUGGAGUCCGUGGCCAUCCAACUUUGUGUGGCCACACGUUCGUGUCGCGAUGCGGCGAGAGUUUGGCGGGCGUGAUGUUGGUGGACAUUUUGAAUGGUUCACAGCGUUCGACGGCGCCGUGCCACCAGACGAAGCCACCGUGACUAUCCCUUCGCUCACUCCAAACGCAUGGUACACGUGCCGGGUCACGGUCCGUCCGACGCCACGGCCAAGCCAUAUUCGUGGGCCCUGUGGCAUUCUCUGGACGCAAUCUCGGGAUUUCGAAUGGAUGGCUGUGGAGCGUCGAGUAUGCACAGCCCCCCUGGCUCUGUCUUGGAUCGGGAUCGGAGGACACUGGUGGAUACACGUUGACGCUAUCGACGAUAGCUUCCAGCACGUGACUACUGAAGUGGACGUGACUACAGCCACGCGUCGGACCUCAGUCAACCGGGUCGACUUGUCGGGAGGUGCUGGUGUUGCUCUGCUCGAAGGCGUGCAAGAUCGCGGCGAGUACAUGGUGCAAGUGAUCCGCACUGGAUGCAUCGACGACUCGAGCGAACCAACCUUCAUCGCAAAAUCGGACGUCGUGCACCUGUCUACGCACAGCCCGGCUCGACUGCCGCAGCUUCAUCCCCAUCCCACAAAUCCCGUCGUUGUGACGUGGCGCCCGCUCACGACGGUUCUCGCGAGCUUCCUCGCCACCGUCAUGUUCGUCAAUUUGGAGCAACAAGUUGUGGCCGAUGGAACGUGGGUCGUCGUUGCGUCCGUGUCUAAAGACGACCAAGCAUUCAACACGACGGCCAGCGCCACCCAGGCGACCACUUCAGGCUAUCGGUUGGCGGCGUAUGCCGUAGGUGCGGACGCGCUGCGCUGCAUCGCGACAAGCAAUACCGUGUACAUCAUGCAGCCCGUCGUGUUGGUGGUGGAAGGAUUGGGGCGACAUGCCACGUUGCGCUUUGACUUUCGCCUUCCCGAGCACGUCCUCCAUCUCUUUCCUCGCGACGAAUUCGAUGUUGUUGUCGAUGGGGUGCCGCAUCGAGUCGCGUCCGACAUAGUCGGUUGCGGCGGGACGUAUGCAGUCGACUGGGCAUUCGAAUCGUCGGCGAUGCAUCGUGUGGCAGUGGUGCCGGUGGUUGUGCCAGCUUCGGACACCGUCGUGGUCCAACUCGAACCACCCGGCGUGUCGUACGUGCCGUCAUGGCCAUCCGUCGCUUUGAAUGUUGCCGUGAUCACACAUUCCAGUGCGACGUGCCAGCUGCAAGUCGAGCCCUGGUCCAGCCAUGCAGCACCGUCCAUUCAGUGCCAAGUCGACAUCCACGUGUUGUCGACCGCAGAUGGAUGGACAAUGCAAUGGCAUAAGGCCAUCGACCGAGAUCGCAGCUCGUCCUGCCAUCGAAUACACCUCGACAACCUGUCCAGCCACACGGUGGUUCCAGUUCGCGUGCGCCUUCGCGUGCGCCCCACCCACAUGUGGGAAGACGUGGUGACGACGCAGAUUGUCACAGCCUGUGGCGCCCUCAGCAUUGCCCCAACCGACAAUGGAGGGCUUCUGUUUUCAUGGCGCGAACCUUCUCCUGCCGUCGGUCUAUCGUAUGGUAUUCAGGGCUACAACGCCUCCCGCGGCAGUUUUGAAACAUGGUAUACAACGGAUCGGUCCCCUUUUGCAACCCCUCCACUGGCAAAGCCUUUCCAUUUGUUGCUCUUUCGCCUCCAAACCCAUGUCGAGUUUCACAUUCCACUCGACGGAGUCCCCCAACUCGCCCUCACCAACCCCGAUCCACCCACUCUCGAGACAGCCGUGGCACGCCACGCGAUUCUGGCGUACAAGAGUUUGAAUCUCGCCCACAUUCCUGCAGCCGACCGCCGACAGCUAACACCAGCGCUGUCUUCAUCUGCACACUUGAGCCUGGAGACGAUUCGGACGGCCGUCAAUGAUAGCGACGACACCACGUCAACGCAUCCUCCACCGGUGGCAGAUUUGAAAGUGCUCGGGGCGGCUGCGGUGAGCCCGCUGCAGCCCCACACAACGUAUCGAGCGCGGUUGCGUUGCACGUUGCCCAGCAACGGUGCGACCUUGACCUGUGCAAGCCAGUGGGUGCAUUUCACCACAGCCAAGGCCGCUCCCGACGCCCCCGCUGCAAUUUGCGUCGACGAAGUAUUCCUGCCGUAUCUUUCAUCCAUCCCGGCUACCAUGGCAUGUAGCUACGUGCGGGUGUCGUGGCAGGCUCCUCGAAGCAAUGGCGAGCCCAUUGCAGGCUACGCCGUCGAAAUGGCCUGGGCAGCGCCUUCCCAUGAGGGGGAAUGGACUUGGCACGGCGUGUAUGUCGGGCCCGCGACGUCGUUUUGCCCCACGGCCGGGCAAUUGCGAACCAUGCGCCGACCACUCGAGACCGUGGUCGCGUUUCGAGUGCAAGCUGCAAACGCAUUGGGAUGGAGCUCGUUCUGUCAAAGCGGGGGCCACGUGUGCAUUGGUUUGCCCCAAGCCGUCGCAGCCCUCGCUCCAGAAUGCAUCGCCCCACAAGACGCGCCCAACGCCAGCCUUGUCCGGUCCAAGCAAGCGCCUGCACAUUCCUUGCUGCCCCCCGUACGGCGGCGGCCUGCGGUGGACGAGAACUCGCCUUGCCAGGUGUAUUUGAACGCCAGGCAACACUUGGUCCUUCCUCGCACCACGUAUCAACAAGAGCGUCGCGCAUGGUACUUGGCCACGACAGUAGCAAGUGAAAAAUCCCCCACCACGACGCAAAGAGCCAUCUCUGUCUAUCGAUGCCCCAAGAAGCGAGGUCCGAAUCCAGCGACUUAACGACGUCGUUGGCCAGCACACUCAACACGCUGCGAUUAUCGGUCGUGCCAUGCUUUGGUUUCUCGUUUCGGUCGCUGCAAAUGCCUCUGUCUGCGACUCCCAGAGCAGGGCCGUCAACGUUGACGCUGGUGUCAAAGCAGCAUCAGCGUUGACAAAAUGAAAGAGUUUGAGGCACGAUUCAUGCAGAGAUCCGGUCAACAAUGUUCGCAGUGCGAA